AAACGAGUUAGUGCUUAUCAUCAUUGUGGGGAAUAUCAAUAAAGUAGCUAAUAAAAUCGUGAACCGCUUUCACAUGAUGCAGAGUUUUAUAAGAGUGCCGUGAGAUAUCGCAAUGUGCUGAUGCCUCUCUUUCUCUCUGAGAAUACUUACGAUUAGUGCGAGUAAUUACAAAUAGUGCUGUCACAUUGUUUUAAAUUCCUAUUGGAAAUUAUUACAUUUGGCCGAGAAGAGAAGUAGAACAUCGAUUUUACGAAACGAGCGCUCCCAGGAGCCGUAGUAGCAUGGAUCUCGUGAACCUGACUCUCCGCUCUCUCAAAUUGGGAGACGUAAAAUCAUCAAGGGAGAACUUCUUGCAAGUCGAGCGUGACGGUGUCACAGAGAGAAACGAUACUAUCGCAGAGCGAAAAUGCAGACUGAAGGAAAAGUCGCGCGAUGAGCUCCGGAUAAUCAAUUUGGCCGAGGUUGCCUGGCACGACACUCCUGACGACUGCUGGCUUGUGAUUUACGAUUACGUAUACGAUUGCACGGAAUUCUUGGACAGUCACCCAGGCGGCCAGGAUAUUCUCUUGGAACAUGCCGGACGAGAUGCCACCUUGGCGUUCGUUUCAACUGGUCACUCCGCCGUCGCUAGCACAACCUUAGAAAGGUACAAAAUUGGUGAGCUUCCGCCAAAAGAGAGACUUUUCCGCACUCCCAACGGCCUGAAGAUCUCGGGAUUCUAAUCUGUUCAGAUCAUCAAAGGUUGUCAUCGUGACGCACUCGGGAAAAUAUCAAAUUUUACAUGAAAAAUUGGAA